UUGUAGUUUUCACAUUUAGCGGCUCUCAACUAAAGCUACACUCCCACCACUGGCUCGCCAUGUGGAGCCAACAGUAAGCUGAGACACAAACCCUCCACGCUCGAGCUAACCGUGUGCAGGGUUAUUGAUUAUCAUGUCAUUUUGUUUUAACUUCGACGUCCCGACGCAAUCAACAAACCCGGACGAUGUGGAUGACAAUAAACUUCGAAAUGGAAAGAAAUAUAAUCCUUCUAAUUAUAUGGAGGAUGUUGCCAAACCAGCAGAGCCAGUAAAAGAAGCCAAAGAGCACCUUCCACUAUCUGACACGCACUUCCUCCUCAGGGAUGCUGUCACUGAAACGGUUACCAUAGGAACUCUUCCCCCUCUUCACUUUCUUAAUGAGACCGUUUUUGAAAGGACGGCCUCGGAGAGAGAGGACGAGGAGAAAAUCCUCUGCCGCACCGCGGAGCAGAGGUCCGAUCUAAUCUCUGGCCUGUACGAGGGAGGGCUUAAGGUGUGGGAGUGCACUUACGACCUCCUGGAGCGGCUCGAGAAUGCCGGAGAGACCUUUGGGGGGAAGGCCGUUUUGGAUCUGGGCUGCGGUGCCGGGCUGUUGGGGAUAUUGGCUCUGCAAAGGGGAGCCAGGCAGAUCCACUUUCAAGAUUAUAACAGUACAGUUAUUGAACAGCUCACAGUGCCAAAUGUAAUACUAAACUGCCAAGAGGAUGACGAAAUAGAUAGCGAAGAAGACAAAGAAGGGAGUGGCAUGGGGAAAGUACAGGAGGAAGAUAGCUGUAAAGAGAAAGAAAGGAUAAGAGCUGCAGACCUGUCCCAGCACCAUUCACUAGCCAAGUGUCGCUUCUUCUCCGGCGACUGGAGCACGUUUCUUGCUUUUCUCAAAAAGGAGGACCCUUUACCCAAAUAUAACAUUAUAUUCACCUGUGAGACCAUCUACAACCCGGCAUAUUACCCAGCGCUACACGAGACCCUCCACGAACUGCUGGCCCCGGGCGGACUGGUCUACCUGGCCACCAAGUCGCAUUACUUCGGUGUCGGGGGCGGGCUGCACCUGUUUGAGACCUUCGUGGAGCAGAGGGGUAUUUUCUCUGUAGACCACCUGUGGGAUGGUGAAGAGGGGCUGCAGAGGCACGUAGUCGUCCUUCGCUUUAGAAAGGCAAAGAGCCUUUGAAGAGGCAAAGCAGCUGGGUUUGACAUGCAGCUUCGUUCGUGUAGUCGCUGUCCCUCAGCGCAGUCAAAUUCAAUAAACACAUUGGGAUUCAUUUUUUUCUAUGCACCUGCACGUUUUAUGUAAGUCUUAACUGGUGAUACAAGGCUUGAAUAAAAUAUGCUGUGUCAUCUCUUAUUUCGUCUUUGGUUACAUAUAGCUUCCCUCACUUCCUAUAUGGGAAUUUGAAUAUUUCUGCCACUAAGUGCAGUUGAAAGGGGCUGUUACUGGUCUUUAGAUGCAUGGGGAGAAAAAAAAGGAAAUGCGCUCAGUGACCUUUGCAAUGAUUUCCCCAGUGUUCAAACAACAGCAUGAAAGCCGGGCUUGUUUCUGAAGUUCCCCACAAAAUGUCAAUUGCAACUUAUCCCACCAGCCAAAGGAUGUAGUUUGAAAGUGGACUCUAGAGUCAGUGCACAUCGUUGGUGGGACUCUGUGGGUUUUCUGUACCUUUCUGUGGGGUUUUAGCAUCAGUAAUCUGAGAGUGCUCGAUUGCCUUUUCGUUUCUGAGGAAGUGUAUGUGAUAUUCUGGCUACUUCCUCGUAUUUGUGGUGACUGUUAAAAAAAGAAGAAAAAAAAGGAUGAUGAAUUCAGAGGUUUGUCACGGGGUCAGUGACCAAUGCAGCUGGUGAUUACUGUCAUCUAGCAUGUUCAAUGGCUGGUUUCACCCUGCUGUGCUCAUCGAUCAAUCAGUGUCACAUCCCAGUCAUGUUUGACCCGCACCUGGGAGCAAACAGCUAAAUUACAAAGGCUGUGCUAUUGUGUACACCCCAACAGCCCUCACCUGAAUAAAUGACUCCAGCUACACAAAUAUUCACUCGAAUCAAUCUCAUCAUCAUCAUGUCCAUGACGCAUGUGUUAGCCUGUAGCCAUCUGACAAAUUAUAUUUGUUUUAAAAAACUAGGAAACGUAGUGUCAACAUCUCAAAGACGACAUGCAUUUCAACUCCCACCGUGGGUUGAACGAUUUUCCGCUGACUUAUUAUUUAAAACUUAUACUAUUGUUAAAAGACUAUUUCUCUUUUUAAAUGCAGUUGCUGUUUGCAAACUUCCAGUGAGUCUGCUUCGUCAUU